GGCGUCUACUUUUGUCUGUACGUGGAGGAGGCAGGACACUGAACUGGACGCCGUCUAGAGAUUCGGGCGCACCGACAUCACCUUUUUUCUGGCUGACCACGUCUGGUCAAUCACAGAAAAAAUGUCUGGAAAAAUAACACGGGAGGAGGAGGAAGAGAUGAGGGAGAUCUUUCAGAAAAUCGAUCUGGACCAUAACGGGUUUAUUAAUGAUUUUGAGCUUGGCGAGCUCCUCAAAGAAGCUGGACACCCCCUGCCUGGCUACAUGGUCCGAGAGACGCUCCAGAAACUGGAUCGCAACAAGGACAACUUGAUCAGCUUCAACGAGUUCUUGGCGAUCGUGAAGGACCUAAAGGGCAGCCAAGUAGCAAAAACCUUCCGUAAGGCCAUUAACAGAAAAGAAGGCAUCCUGGCUAUCGGAGGAACGUCGGAGCUGUCGAGCGAAGGCACACAACACUCGUACUCCGAGGAGGAGCGAUAUGCUUUUGUGAACUGGAUCAACACUGCCCUGGAAAAAGACCCCGACUGUCAGCAUGUCCUGCCCAUGGAUCCCAACACAGACGCUCUGUUCUCAGCCCUGGGAGACGGGAUUGUGCUCUGCAAAAUGAUCAACCUGUCAGUUCCAGACACUAUUGAUGAAAGAACCAUCAACAAGAAGAAGCUGACACCGUUUACGACACAAGAGAAUCUGAACCUGGCGCUUAACUCUGCGUCUGCCAUUGGUUGCCAUGUUGUGAACAUUGGCGCUUUAGACCUGAAAGAAGGGAAGCCCCAUCUGGUUCUGGGCCUGCUGUGGCAGAUCAUCAAGAUCGGCCUGUUUGCUGAUAUCGAGCUUAGCAGAAAUGAAGCGUUGGCGGCCUUGCUGAGAGACGGGGAAACCUUGGAGGACCUGAUGAAGCUGUCGCCAGAAGAGCUGCUGCUGCGCUGGGCCAACUUUCACCUGGAAAAUGCUGGCUGGCAGAGGAUCAAUAACUUCAGCUCAGAUAUUAAGGACUCCAGGGCCUAUUUCCACCUCCUGAAUCAAAUCGCUCCAAAAGGCAUAGAAGACGGCGAGCCACACAUCGACAUCGACAUGUCGGGCUUCAGCGAGAGAGAUGACAUAAAGAGAGCUGAAGCGAUGCUGCAACAGGCCGACCGACUCGGCUGUCGGCAGUUUGUCACCCCGGCCGAUGUCGUCAGUGGAAACCCCAAACUUAACCUCGCCUUCGUCGCCAAUCUGUUCAACAAAUAUCCUGCACUGAAGAAACCGGAAAAUCAAGACAUCGACUGGAAUUUGUUGGAGGGUGAGACGAGAGAAGAGAGGACCUUUAGAAACUGGAUGAACUCCCUGGGAGUGAACCCUAAUGUGAAUCAUCUCUACGUAGACCUACAAGAUGCCAUUGUCAUCCUUCAGCUCUACGAGAAGAUCAAAGUCCCGGUGGACUGGAGCAAGGUGAACAAGCCUCCUUAUCCAAAACUGGGGACCAUCAUGAAGAAGUUGGAGAAUUGUAACCAUGCAGUGGAACUGGGCAAAUCAGCAAAGUUCUCUCUCGUUGGCAUUGGCGGGCAGGACCUGAACGAUGGCAACCCAACCCUGACUCUGGCUGUGGUGUGGCAGCUCAUGAGAAGAUACACGCUGAAUGUUCUGGAGGAUCUGGGCGAUGGAGAGAAAGUAAACGACGACAUCAUCGUGAACUGGGUGAACAGAACCUUGUCAGGGGCUGGAAAAUCGACCAAGAUUUCAAGCUUUAAGGAUAAGGAGAUCAGCAGCAGCCUGGCGGUACUGGAACUGAUAGACGCCAUCCAGCCCGGCAGCGUCAACUUUGAGCUGGUAAAAACAGGCAGCCUCUCUGAAGACGACAAACAUGAAAAUGCCAAAUACGCCAUCUCCAUGGCGAGGAAGAUCGGUGCCCGAGUCUACGCUCUCCCAGAUGAUCUAGUGGAGGUCAAACCCAAAAUGGUGAUGACGGUGUUCGCCUGCUUGAUGGGUCGGGGGAUGAAGCGCGUCUAAACGGGUCAGCUGAUUUCAUCAUGACGCUUAACCCCAGCCGAAAGAGCUCCCCCAAACGACAGAAAUGAAGUUUAAAAGUCUUAAACGAGUCCUGUAUCUUCAUGUAGCUCCGCCUCUUUUCGACUAAAAGCUUUUUUUCCCCCGAAGAAUCGUGUUUUCUCUUUUUGAAGGUGAGACUGCAUUACUAUCAUCUCUAGAGAUGGCUCUCGUCAACCCGUCACUCAUUAUGCACUACUCCUCAUGCACAAGAAUGCUGUAUAUGUCUAUUUCAGACUGAGUGCAGAAUUCUGGCUGCAAGGUUGUUUACAUAUUUUCACCCAGAUGGAUAAAUUAUUACCUUGAUGAAGCAGCAGACAUUCCUGAAUCUUUUACUUAAUCAUGAAUAUGUGCAUCAGAAGGCCAAAUGAAAGUAAUUCACAGAGUCUGGGUGUUUAGGAGAACACGUAUUAAAAAAAAAUGCAAGCACGUCUUAUUAGGUGGCGCCAUGAACGUCUACAUAUCUGUAUCCUGAAGCCAUAAGAAGGUCAGUUUAUGAUUGUGCUGUUUGUAUUCUUGUACUCGUGUUUCUUUGGAUUAUUAUGCAAUGUUCUGUAAAUGCUGGGUUUCCGGACUAUGUUACAUUGGGAUAAUAUUUUUAUUUUGUUUGUUUCUGUACGUUGGACGAGGAGCAGGCUGACUCAUGCUGUGCCUUGUGGUCUCAAAGACGACUUACUCUUUGAGAUUUUUCCUAGUUUUCCCUCCUCUCAUAUUACCAAAAACAAACGGUAACUAAUCGUUGACUUUGGCCGAACUGCGUUUGGUCUCAUGUUCAUGUCUACUCUUACAAGUAAGUGCUUUACGUGUAACAAUAAACAUGGAAUUGGAAA